AUGCCCCGUGUGUUCAUUGCAGCAGUGUGGGUGUUAGCUGCGGGUCCGGCUUCGCCCACCAGGGCGUGGCCCCUGUCCGCGGGCCACGGUCGGGUCAUCGGCGGCAGCAACGCCAGCAUCUCUGACUACCCUUACCAGGCGUCGCUGCUGCGCAGUGACUCCCAUCACUGCGGAGCUUCCAUCAUCAGCGAGACUUGGACUCUCACCGCUGCCCAGUGCGUCGAGUUCGUGCCCGCAAGCGAGCUGGGCAUUGGAGCUGGGACGACGACGCGUGACAGUGGCGGCACAGUUCACACUGCGCUCUCUGUUACGUGGCACGCGAGUUACCUUUACUACACCUAUGACUGCGACAUCGCAGUUGCCUUCACAGCGGGUGGAGCAGACAGUACGAGUCGACGACCGCAGUCCUCUGGUACGCCGCCGCCCCCGGACGCAGCGACUAACUUCUCCAGUAUUGUUCCCUCGCCCGGCUUCCAGGGGUGCUCGGCGAGCAGUGUGCACAGUGCACGGCGGCGGGCUGCCUAUGUGAUCAGCUCUAGGCGCCGCCCGCCGGUGCACGGUAAUCCGUAUUAA